AUGGUUCACCUCAAAGUUAGCAAGGCCCUUGAGGAGGCGAGAAAGCUCGUGGCCGAUCUUGAGUCUUACGAAGACAACCCGGUCAACCACCAGGCUGUUCUGAAGCAAACCGAGCGCGUCCGCACUGCCCUGCAGGAGCCUAUCGACUUGGUGACUCGCUUGAUGGAAUCCUUCGGUCUCGCCGGCGCCUUUCAUACUAUCCUAAGUAUUCGGGCCUACCAUGCUAUGCCUGAGGAUGGCAGUGCUAUUACCGCUGAUGAGCUGGCCCGGGUCACCAAUGUCGCAAACACUGUCAUUCACCGCAUCUAUCGCGUCGCCAUCAAUAAUGGAAUCUUUACUGAGACCGCUCCAGACACCUAUGCUCAUAAUAACCUCUCGCGCGCUCUCAACCCAAAGGCUAUGGGAUCUUUCUUCAUGAUCACUCUGGAGUUCACGCGCGCCUGGAUCCACCUACCCGAAUAUCUCAAGUCACACAAGCCGGACGAUAUUUUUGAUCUGGUCAAAUCCCCCGCCCUGUACUCAGUUGGUAAAGAGCACCUUGGUAAGUCGUAUUACGAGCUGCUUGAGAUAGACCCAGACCCAGAGCGUCGCGAGGUUUGGAAUGCCAGUAUGUUCAUGGUCGACCAGUUAAUGCCUAUUGUCGGCAUGUUCCCAUUUGUAUCUCUCAAGGAGGAAGUUGAGCAGGAUCCCGAUCGCCCAUAUCUCGUCGACAUAGGUGCCGGCCGCGGCCAAUCAUGCUUUGCUAUCCAGAAGGAAAUCAACGGUGCUUUCGAUGCCAAGUUCAUCCUACAAGAUUUGCCUGGUGUCAUUAACAAUAUGGACCCCGAGGACUACCCAGGCUUCGAUCUUAUGACAUACGACGCUUUUACGCCGCAGCCCGUGAAGAACGCUCACAUAUAUUUUAUGCGCCGUUUCCUCCACGACUUUUAUAACCCAGUUUGCAUUGAGUUUGUCAAGAAUACGGCAUCGGCUAUGGGACCUACUUCGCGCCUCCUUAUAUGCGAUAUGUUAAUCCCAGACAUGGUUGAAACCCAUGAGAAUAUGGACCUCUACUGGCUCGAUUUCGCGCUUCUUUGUAUGACCGGUCAGGAGAAGAAGAAGGCGGAUUUUAUUGAAAUCUUUGAUGCGGCAGGCUUGGAACUUGUCCAGAUCUACCCCUCCGCCUAUGGACGGACAGUGAUGCUGGAGGCUAGGUUGAAGAAGUAG